GGCUAAACCUCAGCACGAACGGCUGGACGGAGGAGUCGAUACAAAGCCGGGAGGGAGGCUGCAGAGCUCUCCACCAGGACUACAGCAGAGCUUGGAGAGGCUGAAACCAUGCUUUUCCUUUGGGUGCUGGCAUUCAUUUUAGUCCUGCAGGAGCAAGAUCUUUUAGCUGCUGCAGACCCCGUCAGUGUGUUACCUGGAAGUCUGGGAGGAGGAACCUGGUGCAAUGAACAUGAUGCAAUCCACGAACGCUUAGAUAUUAUUGAAGAGAAAGUAAUAAAAACAGUGGAGCAUCUAGAAUCAGAAGUCAAAUCACUCCUCAACAUCAUCAAUGAGACAACGUCAAACAUCCCCAUUGCUCCAGGAACCCCACUUACAGACAUUUUGGAUGAUACCAGCUGAGCACUGCAGAGACCAGACGGCUGAAUGUAACAGUGUAUUUGUCAUGAAGAGUUGCACUUUGAUAAGCUUGAGCAUGGAUGAACAACCCCCAACUGUAGUUUGCCUCCUGUGAUCCUGUGCUUUAUAAUAAACAAGUAUUUGCUUUUA